CACAUCCGCUUCCGCACGCUUCACCGAAAAACCCCAAUCCCAGAUCACCAGAGCAUGCGACCCUCAGAACCAGAACGCUACAUCCGCAGCCGCAUCGCCAACGCCUGCGACGGAUGCAAAUCCCGCAAAGUCAAGUGCGACGGUAAACUACCAUGCAGCUACUGCACGCGUCGCCAAAAGCCCCACGACUGCCACUACUCUCCCCAGCGGCGGCGUAAAGCGCUCUCUGUGCGCUCACCGCAGACUUCAGAGCGGGCUCAGUCUACGAGACACACUACGCCUUCUACGCCUGCUGCUGAGCCUGUGAGGGAAAAUGGAGCGCAGGUCGACAGAGAUGAUGGAGGACAGAUUGAUGCGGAGGAUGAGACGGAGGUUCCGAGGGAGGCGAGGUUGGUGUGCGAUGCGCAGGGAAAGUUAAUCUUUGUGGGCGAUUGUGCGCCGCUUUCGUUUUUUCAGAGCGUGAGACAACUUGUCACUACACGAGUUGGGCAGAAUGCUUUUGCGCCGCAGUCGAGUCGGUAUUCUGUUCUGGAAAAUGCAACGGCGCAUCAGUCGAGACGGAUACCGGGUGAUAACCGCAUACCAAUCGUUCAUCCAGAUGAUAUUCCCCUAGCGGUGACGAAUUACUUGUCCAUUGCGACUGGACUCGUGGAUCUGUUUGAUAAUCGACGACUUCAAGAUGACCUUAUCCUCUGGGCGAACAUGGACCAGAAGCAAGAUGACGCUACAACAAUUGUCAACUUCCUCGUCCUCGCCAUCGGAAUGAAGAUCAACGAUGAGGAGCGAUCACAGGAUUACUUUGAAUAUGCACGCGACAAAGCAUACUCCAACCUCACUGGCAAUCUCAGCGUCUCAACAGUCCAGAUGUUUACGCUAAUCACACUAUACAUGCUAUGUUCAUGUCAGAUCAACGGCGCGUUUCUCUUCUUCGGAACAGCUGUACGCGCAGCUUACUCGAUUGGCAUUCACAGAACGGAAGUCAACGCGCGUUUUGGGCCGGAUAUUCACAGACAGCGCGAUCGUCUUUGGAAGAGUAUACGCGUCGUUGAUCUUUUUCUGAGUUCUUCUAUGGGUAGACCGCCUGCUACGUCGGAUGUUGAUUGUACGGUUCCGUAUCAAAGUCCUGAUGAGAACGUUGAGGAACCGGUGGACUUGCUCAAUGCAUCUGUGCAGAUAUUCUUGGUGCUUGAGGGUGUCGUAACGGAGAUUUACUCACGACGAAAAGUGUCGCUGCAACUUACGGAGGGGAUAUCACUCCAACUACGAGAUUGGUCUUCGCGCUGGUUGAAACAACUCAAGGAUAUAGUUGCAAAUCCGGAGGCUCAGGAUAGAGCUCAGGCGAGUGGUGCUUGUCAGAUAUUGGCUACGUAUUAUUACGCCGUCAUGCUGGUGUCGAGGCCAUUUCUCAUGUAUGAGCUUUGUCGGCGAUUAUCGGAUGGUUCGCUCAACUCGAAUGGAAGAUCUGCUUUGACGAGUGGAAAGUCGAAACUCGCUGAUGCUUGUAUUGACGCGGCGAGUCUCAUGGUUGAUCCGAUACUAGAUCUCAUACAGAAGGGGAUUCUUGUUGGUCAUGUUCCCAUUCUUGUGUCAUGGUUAUUUGCCAGCUCUCUUGUCCUAGGCGUCGGCCUCCUCGGUGGUUUCGGCCGCGUCCUCGAGAAAUACACCCGCAUGGCCAUCCACGCCCUAGACCACUGCUCCAAACACGACACCCACGCGGGCCAAUACUCUCUCAUAGCCCAAUCCCUUCUAACAACCGCCCUCGAAUACCUCGAAAAGCGUGAACUCGCCGAACGCCAACGACGCACGGAAAACUCGAGCCAACUGUUUGGUCUCAUACCCUCCGACACGAUGGACUCAUCACCCACCUUCACAGGCCAGUCAAUGACAACGCCCUCCUCUAGAGGGCGCGAAUCAUUGGAUAGGACGUUCCUACAGCAUAACGGUCUACAACAUGUCGGAUCACCGUUGUUUGGGGACUUGGACUCAGCCUUUCUGGGCCUGAGCGAGAGUAUGAUGCAGACGCCUGAUCCGAGCUACUGGGGCGGACCGAUGGGGAAUGAGGCUGAUUCGGGGUCGGCUUUGAACUUGUUUGCGCUGUUGGAUGCGGGAGGUGGUAUUGACCUGACGCACCAUCUGUGAAACGUCAAUGACGAAUCGGUAGGUACGGAAGUUCGGAGGUGUCAGAUCUGGCGGGUAUGUUCCUGAUAUCAGAUCCGACGAGGAUUGCGCGUCGUGGUGCAAGAUAACGUGGCUGGUCCUCGGUUAUGGAAUGCCAUGUCUAGCCGAGUAAGACGAUGGUAUGCGGGAUGUAAUGUGAUAGAUCAUAUGGCGCAAUGCCUGGAAAAAGUCGUCAUCAUGCGAAUCUGGUACUGACGGCUGUUCGUUUCAAGGGAAAAGAAAUCAAGAUACGGUGUGAAGAUAACUUCCAGCAAUGGAUGAUUGCGCACAUCAACUGGCACAAUUAACAGCUCCUUCAAUAGACAUCACUAAACUUUCAAAGCUUAACCAAAUAAACCAGGCUUUCAUUAACAAUCAUUAUCUAUCUUUCCAUCUAAGGCAAAGCCGUCCUCAAAAUUUGCAUAAACUUCCAAACAUCCUCAAACCUCGUGUACAGCGGCACAGGCGCCACGCGAAUAACACCAGGCUUCCUCUUAUCACAAAUCACAGCAUUCUCCUCCAGCGCCGCACUAACAUUAUCCAACAGCCCAUCCUUCAACAACACACUAAGCUGCGUGCCCCUCUGCAGCGGAUCCCUCGGUGUAAUAAUGCGGAACAGCUCAGCGUCUGACGACUCGGCCAAGAUCUGAUCAAGCAGAUACUCAGCGUAGGCUGUUAGCACUAAAGCCUUGGAGCGCAGGUCGUGCAUGGUUGUUUUGUUAAACACUGAUAAUGCGCCGGAGAGACUGGCGAGGUCGAUGGCGGACGGGUUGGAGAGCUGGAAGCCGCCUGCGCCGGAGGUGGGGAUGAAGUUGUUGUCCAUAUUGAAGCGCACGCUCUUGUCGCCGCCGUACCAGCCCAUGAGACGCGGGCGGUAGGUAGCUUUACCGGUGGCGUCGUUGAGCUCGACUUUGCCGUGGCGCUCGUGGACGUAAGCACCUGCGAUGGAGCCGGGGCCUGCGUUGAUGUACUUGUACGUGCACCAGCAAGCGAAAUCAACGUUCCAGUCGUGGAGCUUGAGUUCGACGUUUCCAGCGGCGUGGGCGAGAUCCCAACCAACCACGAUACCCUUUGCUUGAGCGUAUGCUGUGAUACGGGGAAUGUCGAAGAGUUGACCGGAGUAGUACUGAAUACCAGGGAGUAAGAGAAGAGCAGUAUCCUCAGCAUGCUCAUCAAUAGUCGAAAGAAUCAAAUCAGUUGUAAUGAUGUGAUCCUCAUUAGGAUGAAUCUUAACCAUGCUCUUCUCCGGAUCAAGACCGUGCCAAACAACCUGACUCUCAAUAGCAUAGUGAUCACUAGGGAACGGCUUCCACUCCAGAAUAACCUUGUGUCUCUUCUCAUUCGGCUUAUAAAAGCUCGCCAUGAGGAGGUGCAGGUUCGCUGUGAGGGUGUUCAUGAUGACAAUCUCGUGGGGAGAAGCACCGACGAGGUCUGCCGACUUGAUGGCGCAGUCCUCAGCGAGGUCUUGCCAUGCUGGAAGCGGUGAGUUGCCGAGAGCGCUGAAGUGUCCGUUCACACCGAUAGAAGCCCAUGUCUCGAGUUGAGCGUUGAGAUAUUCUCGAACAGCUUUCGGUUGAGCGCCGAG